AUGGAACAAACAGACGUUGACUGGACGUUAGCAGCAAAUGGGUGUGCUGAAAAGAAGGGAUAUCAAGUUCCAGUGGUGGACAAUGAGGAGGGGGAAAUUGAACAAAAAACGAAGAAUUACAAGUUAUUUUCUGGAGGAUUUGGACAACAAAGGAUUGAGUUAACUAAUAUAAACAACAAGAAAGAAUUUUUAAAAUCAACAGGAUGUGGAGACGGAAAUUUGUUUUUAAAUAAAUUAUUUAAUUUUGCCCGCCAGAAGAGGAAAGUAAUUUAG